CGUAUGCGACGGCGUAUGAUUACUAGUCUCUACGCUUUUCUCUGCUAAUUCUAUCAGUUGUUUAUUAUCUCGUGUAUCUGCGUUGACACAGUUGUCGAAAAUGUAACGUUUGCCUUGUUAGGAUGCACUGUUUGUUAGAAUGACCAAAUAAUGAUCCUUUCUUCAUGACCUGCUGGCCUGACAUCCCUUAAAGCAGUGCAAGUUCUACCACACCAUGCUUUUCUCUCUGCGUGAGCUGGUCCAAUGGCUCGGCUUUGCCACCUUCGAGCUCUUCCUCCACCUUGCCGCUCUGCUGGUAUUCAGCGUGCUUGUGGCUCUGCGCAUUGACCUGCUGGCUAGCCUGAGCUGGUGGCUUGUGUUCGUGCCGCUGUUUGCCGCAGACGGCCUCAGCACCUACUUCACAGCCAUUGUCUCCAUCCGCCUGUAUCAGGAAGGUGAGGAGCGACUGGCUGUGCUGCGUCUGCUUUGGGUGCUCACCGUGCUCAGCCUCAAACUGGUCUGCGAGGUGCUGCUUUGCCAGAAACUGGCCGAGCACGAGCAGACACGUGACCCGCUCUAUGGCCUCGUCGUGUCGCCACUUUUCGUCCUCCUGCAGCUGCUCAUGAUUCGUGCAUGCCGCGUUAAUUAGUAUGAACAUGACAGAUCAUUGCCAUUUUAAAUGUUUGGCUCCACCCAUGUGAACUUGAACGAUCAUUCCCGAGACGUUGUUUGAUCUUGUGUAUGCUAUUUAAAUCGGAGAGAGAUUUGGUUACAAUUCAGAGCUGCAGCUUAAGUGACAAUUUUUUGUAAUGUGGUCUUGGCUCAAAUCUAUAAACAUGGUGUCGUUAUAUCCCAUUACAGUGCAAUCUUUUGUGUGUGUUUGGGUUGUUUGUGUGUUUUUUGUGGGGUUAUUUUUCUAAUGUCCUACAUGCUGAAUGAACAUCCUCUCUCUCAUAAUGAGGUUGCUCUUCUUUUGCCUGUGUAAUUUCAACACUUUAUUUGUAUAUAUUGUAAAUAAAACAUAUACACUUUAAA